AGGAAGGCUGAGCACCCAUAAAGAGCUUAUGCAGCGGGAGGCGAGCGGCGCGCAGCAGUGCAGAUUAUGGGUGCUCAUUAGCGGCUCGCGCUAAUUAGCUCCAUUUCCCAGCAUGAGGAACCCCACAACCCCACGGAGGAGGGGGAAUGGAUACAAGUGGAGCUGAGCCCAUCCCUAUACAAACCCCACAGCCCCCAGUGCUGGCACCCCACGUCCCCAGGGGUUUUCCAUCUAUCUCCCGUGGGGCUUCAGGCACCCAUCCUUACGUAACGCCCUGCGCCCAUCUUCCCACCUUACCCCCCCACCCCCCAGCCCCUAAUCUUUGCCAUCUUGGGCUAAUUGGAUUUCCAUGGGUCACGUGGGGAGUGAUAAAAAAAGCCCCCCCAAAUCCCUCCAGGCCCCAGAAAUCAGGUUUAUCCAUGGGGAAUUAAGGGAGAGCACGGGGGGCAGCCGGCCUGCAAGCAGCCAGCCCAGCGCUCCGGUGAGGCCUUUUUGGGUUCCCCCUAAAAGUAUUUCUCUGCCCGCCCCCCAGGGGUGCGUGCACCCACCCCGAGGAGACCUGGAAGAGCGCGGGGACCUGGAGGAGCUCGAAGCUUUGGCAGAGGAGGACGAGGAGAUGGGGAGCGGGGCAAGCGCCGAGGACAAGGAGAUGGCCAAGAGGUCCAAGGAGUUGGAGAAGAAGCUGCAGGAGGAUGCGGAUAAGGAGGCGAAGACGGUGAAGCUGCUGCUGCUCGGGGCUGGAGAGUCGGGGAAGAGCACCAUCGUGAAGCAGAUGAAGAUCAUCCACCAGGAUGGAUACACACCUGAGGAAUGCAUGGAGUUCAAAGCUGUCAUUUAUGGGAACAUCCUGCAGUCCAUCCUGGCCAUCAUCCGUGCCAUGUCCACGCUGGGCAUCGACUACGCCGAGGCGGGACGGGCGGUGGGUGGGGGGCAAAGGGAGGGGGGGGUGGUGGGGAGGGGACGUGGUGUUGAAGGGAUGUUUGAUGUCGGAGGGCAGAGAUCAGAGCGCAAGAAGUGGAUCCACUGCUUUGAGGGGGUGACGUGCAUCAUCUUCUGUGGGGCGCUGAGCGCCUACGACAUGGUGCUGGUGGAGGAUGAUGAGGUGAACCGCAUGCACGAAUCCCUGCACCUCUUCAACAGUAUAUGCAACCACAAGUUCUUCGCCGCCACAUCCAUCAUCCUCUUCCUCAACAAGAAGGACCUCUUUGAGGAGAAGAUCAAGAAGGUGCACCUCAGCAUCUGCUUCCCUGAGUACGAUGGUCCCAACACGUUUGAAGAUGCAGGGAACUACAUCAAGACCCAGUUCCUGGAUCUCAACAUGCGGAAGGACGUGAAAGAGAUCUACAGCCACAUGACCUGUGCCACAGACACGCAGAACGUCAAGUUCGUCUUCGACGCCGUCACAGAUGUCAUCAUCAAGGAGAACCUCAAGGACUGCGGUCUCUUCUGAGCAGGUAGGGGGGCACAUUGUGCCACGAUGGGGGCUGUGACCCCAGACCCAAAGAGCUGGCAGCAAUGGGGAAGGAUGUUUCCCCUCAGCGCCCCCUUCUCUCCCCCCCAUCAGAAGAGACGACUGCAGUUCCACAUCACCGUUCUGCUGAGCAGAGCCAAAAGGACAACACAGAGCUCCCCAGCCCCCACUUUUUCUAUGAGCUGCCCCCCCAAGUCUGAGCCCACGCUAGGAGGGGCCCCAGCUGCCCUGCCUGCCCCACAUCACGGCCAUUUCCUCUCGGGCAGCACCCAGCUGUGCUCCUCCCACACAGAGCUCAGUGCAGGGGAAGAGGAAACGGGCACUGGGGCGGUUGGCAUUCUGCUAUUUAGAGCUGGAUUUGCUCUUUACUGUUUGUAAAUAAAUCCAUCCUACCGUAGACAAACCCUGUAUGCUCUCGGUGUUCACUGCAGUCAUCGGUGCAGCUUCACUUAGGAAAAACAAACCAACAAAAUAAAGAGAUGUGCAUGAAUGGAUGUCUUGUUUCUCCUGUGCUGAAGGAUGGAGGCACAGCUGGUGGACCCCGCGUGGGUCCCCACACCUCUUGCUGCUCCCACAUCACAGCAGGGUGGUCCUCAUCCCACGGGCUUUGAGACACACCAACCCCUGCCCCACACGCAGCCCCACACCCAAUAAGCACAGCGCAGGGAGAGCAGCAGAACGAGGCACAAAGGAGGGAAAGGACCCAACUGUUCACUCACCAUUUUAAUACUGCCAACAGCUACAACAGAUCAGAACUGUACACAAUGACAACCCGGGAGAAAGAGCCCCGAGGUGAUGGUUCAGCAAAGGAAUGGACUGAUGGGGUAUGAACGUUACUACAGGGAAAACGAUGGCAAAGAGGGAUUUGGCACCACAUAUACAGAGUAAAGGCAUGCUGUCCAUACAGACCCUGCACAGAAAGGCCGUGGUAAAUGCAGAACACGGCGUGCCCUUCACCAAACUGCCAAAAACAGAGCACUGUGCACAAAGGCUGUGUCACAGCACACGGCCUCCAGCAGUGCAGAGCUCAGUGUGUUCACCAUGAGCAGCGUUAACCCAUCAGCACUGCUCCUGCCCUCACUGUGUGCUACCAACACGUGGCCAAAGCCACACAGAGCGGGGUAACACCUCACAGCACAACGGGCCAACGCUACGGCCUGUAAGACAUUGCAGAAAUAUUGAGUUCUGACCACAGCAAGUGUUAAAAACAGAGAGUUCCUGCUAAGAGGAAUGCUUCGGGCACGAUCUGCUCACGUGUGCAUAGAUCAGUGAUAGUUUCUGUUGGUUUUAUUUUUAAAACAAGAAUCUUUUGCGAAGAAAGAAAGACAGUUUAGUAAAGUUAUAGUUUUCUCAAUGGAAAAAAAAAAUAACGAAACAAAACACCUUAAAAACAGACUAGUGGUGGUUUGGUAACCAAAGAAAGAGAGAAAG